AUGACAAUCAAGGUGCAACUGUUGCUCUCUGCCAUUUUAUCAACUGUGGUAUCAGCUGAGUUCGACGAGGUUUUAGCCAAGACCAAGUUUUUCCCUUUGGCAGCUGCUGCAUACACCACCUUCCCCGUGAAGUGCGUAAAGAAUGUUUUUGACGAUGCUGAAGUCACAAAGACGGUGACGGCGGAAUGUGGGAAGAUGCCUGGUGAAUGGAAGGUCUGCUUUGGAUUUACGGGGGUCUCACACACGGACAAAGCCAUCUUCUUGGCGUACUAG